AUGGUCAACCAAGAUAAUUCAUCCAUGACCUCCGCUGAAGUGACAUCAAGUCCAUGCAGCACAUUGGAGCAACUCAUCAAGCAAUAUAAAUUUAAAAUAGAGGCUGUUUUUGAUCAUGAUGAAGCAAGAGAAACUUUCAGAAAUUUUCUCAAAAAGGAUUGUUUGAAUGAAGAGCCUUUCAUUUUUUAUGAAGCGGUUGAACAAUACAACAAAACCCGACUGGGAAAGAAUCGAUUUGAGCUCGCUCAUGAAAUUAUCGACAAAUUCAUUAUGGUCGGAUCAUCACACGAAUUGAAUUUAUCAAUGAAUGAUCGAAAGGAAUUAUUAAAAAGAUGGAAAGAAAUUUCUGAAAAGAAUGAAGCCAUCACCAAUGCAGAUUUAAUUUCAUGUCCCAAUGAUUUAUUUAAUAUCAUACAAGAUGUACUUUUUGUGGAAUUGAAAGUCGAUAACUUUCCGAGAUUUAUUGCAUCUGACAUGUUUAAAAAAUUCUUGAAUAAGGAAAUGAAAAAGAAUCCGUCCAUUCUUGAUAAACUUGGAACGAAAAAACUCUCCACAUCUGCCAAUACAAGAACAAGUAGUGUUGAUUUAGGGAAUCAAAACGCAAUACCGAUUUCACUGUCAAGAUCAAGCGUGACCAGUAGUAGCAGCUCAAGUUCUGAGGAGGAUCAACGUGUUCACAGUGGUGAUGAGUUAAGCACUGAUGAGAAAAUUGCGAAAUUAUUUGAGAAUGAAGAAUUGAAUGCAUCCUCCUCAAAUCAAAUAGUUCUUCCAAUUAUUGAUGAAUUGAAUCCUUAUGUGAGCGAGUUGGAUUAUCAAUUAGUGUUAAAGCUAUUACAUUCAUUGAACAAUGAAAAUUCUUGGAAAACGUUGGAUGAAAAAGUAGGAAUGAAAACAUGUGUCAGUGAGCCAAUUUAUUGUUUCAAUUCAAUUCACCAAAAUUCGAUAACUAUCAACAAUAGCCAACCUUCCAAAACUACGAACAGGGAUAUUCCUAAAUUUAUUUUAGCACAAACAGGAAUAAUGCCAGGCACUGCCAGAGAGAUUGUAGACACUUUUUAUGGUGAGCAUGUGCAAAAGUUUUUCAAUGAUUUGUAUAAGAGACGAUUUCAAGUCGAUUAUUUUCAUAUGAAUCCAGAAAAAGAUAUUCCUUAUCCAACCUCCAUUGUCUACGCCGAAGUUAGUUUUCCAUUUCCUUUCACGAAUAGGGAUUUUAUUUAUGCAAAAUCCAUUAUUCCAGAUCAAUAUGACCCAUCUACUAGACAGUACAAUCGAUAUAGCAUCAUUAUGAAGCCCACAAGCCAUCAUGAAUAUCCAGCAAAGACAAAUCCAGUGAGAGGGAUUCAUUACCUUGUUUACGUAGCAGAGAAAUAUUCAAAAGCAAGUGUUCGAUAUGCUGCUUUCGAUGUUGGAGAUAUGGGAGGCAAAAUUCCAGCUUCCUUAGCCUCCUCAUUCAUGAAAAAUGCAGCCAAGAUAUUGCACAAGAAAUCAAGAAAAGCGAUAGAAAAAGGAUAUGAAUUACAAAAUAUUCAUGCGGUUAAAGAUCAUGACGGAGGGUUAGCCACACUCAAAGAAUACGAAGAAUAUUUGGAAAAAUUGAGGAAGUCUGACACUCAGUAG